AUGGGCAUUACAGACAUUUUCCAUCAACUUUAUGUGUUGAAAAUAAAUAAACUACAGCAUGCUGGUAGUACUCUAUACCAUGGUGGUACCAGAGUUUGUUUUACUAUUCUCUUAUUAUCUGCAUCAUCUGGGAGUUUUUUGUUUACCUUUGUCUUCUCCAAGGGAAGGACUUAUUUAUAACUGAUCUUUCAGUGCAGUAUGUUUCGGCAAACAUGGACACCCACAAGCCUGAUUCUGUGAUAAAUCCAGGGUAAACAAAAGUGAGUAAUUCGUGCUGGAAAUGUGUUCGCUGCCUCAGAGGAGCUCUCCUUGUUGUGGAUAUGGACGUACUAACAAAUUACUAUAGUAUUAACUGUUCAAUAAUAUCAGUAGAAGCAUGCACAGUGUGAGAUCGGUACAGAAGAAAGCAGAUUAACCCUGCUGAGGGCAGUGGGGAGGGGUGGAACGGCCAGGGAAGAAUUCUCUGUAAAAUUGGAGCCUAACCCGAGUUUAAAAGGCUGCAUAGAAUUUUCUAAGAGCAAGGACUGCAGGCAAGCAACAUGGUGGGUUCUGGGAAGCACAGAGCUCCAGCCUAAAGUGUGGGGAGACCAGAAGUGAGAAUGGGGUACAGUGGAAUGACGUGGAGGAGGGCAGGCCAGGUUAGCAAGAGCUUUGAAUGACAAAAAGUUUGGAUUUUCACCCUGCAGGCAACAGAGAGACAGGUGCUUGAAAGCUAGAAAGGAAUGAACCUCGGAGUCUUAUGUAGGGAACAGACAGAUGUUCAAAUUCGGUCAAGUUAAUUCGGUGGCCUGAAUGUACCUUCCUCAAACGCUGCUGCAGACCAGGCCUCCUUGUCCCCUCAUCCACCCUACAGCCACGACUGUUGGCAGGGGUGGACCAACCUGUGAGGCCGGCACACACACGCGCACCCCACCUGCCUUCUGGAAGGCUCAAAACGAAACGUGUUUGGACAAGAUGGGUGUCUACCGCGUCCGUGUGUCCACUGGGUCCUCGAUCUACUCGGGCUCCAACAACCAGGUGCAGCUGCGGCUGGUCGGCCAGCAUGGGGAAGCCUCCCUCCUGACGCGCCUGCGGCCGGCGAAGGGCAAGAUCUUCGAGGUGGACGCGAAGGACUACCUGGGGCUACUACUGUUCGUGAAAACGUGCAAGCGGCACUUAAAGGAUGACAACUGGUUCUGCAACUGGAUCGCUGUGCAGGGCCCCGGGGCCAGUGGGGACGAGUUCAGGUUCCCCUAUUACCGCUGGGUGGCGGGCGAUUGCAUCCAGAGCCUACACGAGGGCACUGGCGGCACAUUGGUAGAGGACCCUUAAGGCCUAUUCAAGAAAUACAGGGAGGAGGAGGUGAAAGACAGAAAGAGGCUGUACGGAUGGGGCAUCUGGGAGGAAGGAUUAAUCCUGAAUGUGGUCACAACCAAUUUAACCGACCUCCCGCUAGAUGAGAGAUUCCUGGAGGACAAGAGAAUUGACUUUGAGACUUCAAUGGCCAAGGGGCUGGCCGAACUAGCUGUCAAAGACUCUUUAAACGUUCUGGUUAAGUGGAAUGAUCUGGAUGACUUUAACAGGAUUUUCUGGUGUGGCCAGAGCAGGCUGGCUAUUCAGGUGCAGGACUCCUGGAAGGAAGAUGCCUUAUUUGAGUACCAGUUUCUCAAUGGUGCCAACCCCAUGUUGCUAAGGUGCUCUAGUCACCUUCUUGCCCACCUAGUGUUUCCUCCAGGGAUGGAGGAGCUGCAGAAGGAACUCCAGGGAGGCACACUGUUUGAAGCUGACUUCUCCCUGCUGGAUGGGAUCAAGGCUAAUGUCAUUUUAUGUAAACAGCAGUACCUGGCUGCCCCUCUGGUCAUGCUGAAACUGCAUCUUGAUGGGAAACUCUUGCCCAUGGUCAUCCAGCUCCAAUUGCCAAGUGAGGAAUUGCCCCUACCACCACUUUUCCUACCCACGGAUCCCCUGAUGGCCUAGCUGUUAGCCAAAUGCUGGGUCCGUAGCUCUGACUUCCAACUUCAUGAACUGCAGCCUCAUUUUCUGAGGGCACAUUUGAUGACUGAACUUAUUGCUGUGGCCACCAUGAGAUGCCUUCCAUCAAUACAUCCUGUCUUCAAGCUGAUAAUUCCCCACCUGAGAUAUAGCAUGGAGAUUAAUGUGCAGGCUGGGACUGAGUUGAUCUCUGACAUGGGUGUUUUUGAUCAGGUGGUGAGCACGGGGGGAGGCCAUGUGGAGCUGCUUAGGUAAGCUGGAGCCUUAAUAACCUAUAGAUCAUUAUGUCCUCCUGAUCACCUGGCUGAUUGGGAGCUUUUGGAAGUCAAGCCUUCCUUCUAUGCCCAUGAUGCUUUGUAGCUCUAGGAAAUCAUCUCUUGGUAUGUGGAAGGACUGAAUCUUCACUAUAAAACAGACGAGGCAGUGAAACAGGAUCUUGAACUGCAGGCCUGGUGUCAAGAGAUCACUGAAGUUGGCCUGCGAGGGGCCCAGAAUCAAGGGUUUCCCACCUCCUUGGAGUCCCAGGACUAGCUUUGCCACUUUGUCACCAUGUGCAACUUUACCCGCACUGGCCGGCACUCCUCGGUCCACCUGGACCAGCUGGGCUGGUAUGCUUGGGUCCCUAAUGGACCCUGUACCAUGUAGCUGCCCUCACCAACCACCAAGGAUGUGACCAUGGAGAUGGUGAUGGCAACCCUGCCUAACUUUCAUCAGGCUUCUCUCCAGAUGUCUCUCACUUGGCAACUGGGCAAACACCAGGAAGUUAUGCUGCCAUUUCUUUUCUGUCCCUGGGUGGCUCUGGGCCAGCACAAGGAGGAGUAUUUUUCUGGCUCUGAGCACAAAGCUGUGCUGAACAAGUUCAGGGAGGAUCAGGCUGCCCAGGAUGAGGAGAUCAAGAUCUGCAAUGCGAAGCUGGACAUGCUUUACGAGUACCUGCAACCCAGCAUAGUGGAAAACAGUGUGGCCUUGUGAGCACCUCCGACCUUUGGUUGUCUCAGCCCCCCUUCCAUCUAACCCACAAUCCCAUCCCUUGGUGAUUUUAGUCUUACCCUCCCCAACCGCACCCCUUUCUAUGUCCACCUUCCCUAGAGAGUCACCUUUUCUUUGACUAUGUCCACAAUGAAUACAUUUUACCCUAGAUGAACCACCUCGGGGGCUCAUUUCCCCUUUCUUCCUCCCAUUUUUCCUAUUGCCCUCCUUCCCUCCCUCCCUCAUCACUGGGGUCUCCUGAAGGGCAGAUGAUAAUCACGUUUAUAUAAACUGUUUCAAGAGUGGACUAAGCUAAUGAUACAUACUACUCCAUAUUUCUUAAGAUUUUGAAACUUGUCUGAGUUUAACAACAAUAAAAUAGUGUUUUAGACUUAUG